AUGCGAGGUAUGGAAUUCACUCUUGCAGCGCCAAGAGGCGGCCAUAUUGUCCACUUCGGUCGAAGCAAAAAUGAAAUAAUUGUCCGCGCAUAUGUCAAAGGAAAUGUGUUGCAUCUAGUCAACAGAGAUCAAUUUGGGCAAGGGGCGCAAGCAGAUCUCCCAGCGCCGCUAAUAUCCGAUUGUUUCCAUUGGCUGAAUUUGAAGAAGAAGGAGGUCGACAUUCGAGCAAAGAAGCAUAUGUGGUGGUUCAAUCGCCGAGGCAAUUGGGUGAUAGACUUCUCCGCUCGUCAGGCCUCUCGUAGGACCGCUCAUCUUGUCGACCCCCAUGGCAAACUCUUUCGCCAGGUGUCAAAAAUAUUUGAAGGGUUCGAAGAGCGACAGAAUAUCACAGUUACUCAGCCACUGUCGAGAAAUCUCUCUGUUGAAAUGAAACGGAUGGACUUGAAUUUCAGCGUUAACGGCGGGGGUUAUCUAGUAUGCCAGCAACUGCACGCAGAAAUUGAUCCAGACCAGGAUGCCGGUACAUGGUACGGAUUGCGCAGCAAACUUGUUAUGCGCGAGACCUCCAACCGCAUGCAACGGAGCAUUGUUGUACCUAUUGGAACCCUCCGCUACCGUCGGCAUGGGUCACAUGUCUUGGUUGAUGUCAUGAACGAGGGUAGGUACGGUCGAUAUUCGAUUGAUAGCACACUGGGUCGGUUGAAGUGUGAACCAGAGCCACUGCUGGUUUACACUAAGUCUUUGCUGCAUGCAGUUACGUCUUUUCCGCUACCUGACACUCUCACCGGGCGUACGGGAGCUGAAGAAGCUCUGGCCUGCCUGACAUCUGCCUUGAGUAAGCCAUGGAACCCUGUCGGGGUGUCUCAAACUGCGCCUCUCAUUUCUUUAGCGCGGCUUACUGCCAAGCGAUUUUACUAUCCCGAGCAUUUGAAGCGCCAACAACAAGUCCUUUGGGAUAAAGAUCUCACUGUGGCCAUUCAAAGUGACCUCUAUCGUCCUAUCAUCGAGGCUGUGGCGACCCAGUUAGAGCGGCUGAAACCCUUUGCUUUGGAUGGUUGUCAUCAUUUGCAGCUUGAGGCAGGUGGUGUGUCUUACCUGAGAGAUAGGAACCAUCUUCGUCGUCGAAACUUUGAGCCAGGUGACUGUCUCGUCGACGGAUUAGCACAGCCAGUCGAUGCAUCUUACUUUGCUCGCCACCAGCGUGAGCCGAAUAUUGGGAGAAAGAAUGUUUACGAAAUUGUGUAUAAUCUGGUACACCGGCCAUCAAAUAUUCAAGUUCCAUCGUCGCUAGCAAAAUUCUUUGAUCAAGCGGCCUGGAUCAUGGGUCGUACAGGGAUUUUCAAUAAGUCAUCGCUGAGCGAAGUCCUCGAAGUCGACAUGAUCCAGGAAUGGGGACCGCUGACCGAGCUAUGCCACCAAUAUAACGAAGAACAGUAUGGCACGAUGUUCAAGCUUGCCACGAUUGCAUUUUCAAAAAACGUGAAUAUGGAUCUUCUGCGAACACUGGCUGCGAUCUGCAUUUAUGACGACCUCCGCAAUUGCCGCAUCCCAGCGCACGCAGAGUACUUUGACAUCGAGCUGAAAAGGAGACCGUCAUUGCAGUUUAUCAAGAACCAAAUUCACCCCUUUGAGAUAUCAUCUGAUACACUUCAGCAGGCAAUCCAGGAAAAGAGGGUACAUUCUUCUACAACCUUGGAGGAAUUUUAUGCCUUGUUCCAGCAAGAGGCGCACCAAUUUGCCAAAGGUAUUCUGAAGCAGUGGCCUUGCGGGAGCGUUAUCCGUCCUCCGAUUCGGAUAAAAUGUUUUGAUACCCAAAGUGCAUUGGACUCAAUCAACCGGGGCUGGAGGCGUCUUUUCAGAAACUUUGAGCUAGAAGGAUAUCUUGGCAAUGUCCAGAGGGUGCUUGACAUGCACCAAGCUGGUUCUGAAACUGCUAUCCCUGGAUGUAUUGAUGCCGCAAAACUAUAUCCGAUCCUUCCUCGGACAUCAGCAGUUCCGACAUUAGGACAUCUUCUUUCAAAACCUGGACCAGAUACACAGACCAGGUCAAAUUCGGCGUCUGAGCAUUUGUGGCGUAACGAGUCAGACGCGGACACAUCCCAUUCGAUGGCCGAUAUAUCGAAACUUGCAGCUAUGGUCAAUGGCCCUCGCGAGAUCCAGACGCUCAAAGCACUGGUUGACGAGAUGGUGGCUUCACCGUCUAAAGAAAAACAAGCAUAUGCCUGCGACUUGAAGAAGAGCGUAGAGGCCUUAGAGGACUAUCAAGCGCACCAGGGUCCGAGUGCAAAAUUGACUAGCCUUGAGAAGAUGGAAGGGAAGGUUCCCCAAGUUCGACAUGCAGUAGAGCAGCAGCUUUCAGCCUUAGUUGACUCAUUCACAAAGUUUGAUGUGCGUUACAAGUGGCUCUGCGCAGGACAGCUCUGGCCUUGCAUGACUCCCGUCAAUAUGCUCCAGCAUCUACGAUCUUCUAGUCAGCAAUAUUUUGGACCUGAAAUGAAGGAGGCGCUGCUGGAUUAUGGUGUGUCAAUCACACAAUUCCAACAGCUACUUCGAAUCUGCGAUGCCAUGAAGAAAAACGACUCUCAGCGCUCCAGGGAUGAGUACGAGAAUGUCGGCCAUGAAAACUGGAAACCGGAAGACUAUCCAGACUGGCUGCUCAUGGAAAUCGAUGGGAACAUUCUCAUCCGAAAAAGGCAAGUGGAUGUUGCACUUGCCACAAUCCUGCCGGCGUCAGGGUCGAAUUCCGUGCUUCAGAUGAACAUGGGCCAAGGUAAAACAUCAGUGGUCAUGCCUAUGGCUCUGUGCGUCCUCGGCAACGGAAAAACCCUUGGGCGCCUGAUAGUUCCAAAGUCUCUUCUAUUACAGACAGCACAAACCAUUCAAUCCAGGCUUGGAGAUUUGGUGGGCCGUGAGGUGCUCCAUAUCCCUUUUACCCGAAAGUCUCCAGUUGAGCCAGCAACAAUCCAAGAGUACCGGCUGCUUCACGAAGAGAUAUUACAGAAAUCAGGGAUCAUUUUGACGCUUCCCGAACAUUUUCUUUCAUUCAGGCUGAGUGGGUUCCAAUGCCUUUCAGACUCCAAGCUCAAGUCCGCUGGUGCUAUCUUACCUACGGACUCUUGGUUGAGACGCGUUUGCCGAGACGUCAUAGACGAAUCCGAUCUCUCGUUGGCUCCUAAAACACAGCUGAUUUACCCCAGUGGAUCUCAGCUGACUUUGGAUGGUCAUCCACAUCGAUGGAGAAUGGCCCACGCCUUAUUAGGGAUGGUUGAAGAGCAACUAGCGGACCUUGAGAGGAAUUUCCCAGGAAGCAUCGAUGUAGUGAGACGCCCUAACGGUGGCUUCCCACUCAUCUAUAUUCUACGCUCGGAUGUGGAGGAAGCUUUGUACACAAAGCUAGUCAGUGAUCUGUGCUCUGGUAAAACCAACAUCCUGCCGUCCAUUCAGCCACCCGAUCAAAGGGCCGUAAAGGAGUUUAUGUGCAAUGCUAAGGCCGAGCAAUCGGUAUGUGAAGAUGCGGUGCAGAUCUUCAGUGACAACCCCGUCGCACUUAAGAACUUGCAUCUGCUUCGCGGAAUGAUAUGCCACGAGACUCUACUCCUGUGUUUGAAGAAACGGUGGAACGUGCAAUAUGGUCUACACCCAGCCCGGAGCCCAAUCGCUGUUCCAUUCCAUGCCAAAGGGGUUCCUUCUGAGCAAGCCGAAUGGGGACAUCCCGAUGUAGCUAUUCUGCUGACCUGUUUAGCCUUCUAUUAUGACGGGUUAUCAGUCGACCAGCUGCAUCAAUGCUUGCACAGUUUGUCACAAUCUGACGAUCCAUCAGGAGAAUACGACCGGUGGGGAGCUUAUGCGCAAAGCCUUCCCGACUCCCUGAGGCACUGGAAUCUGAUCAGCAUUGACGAUGAUAUGCAGGUCCGAGAGAUCUGGACCUAUCUUCGAUAUGGGGUGAUCGUCAUCAACUACUUCCUGGAUCAUUGUGUCUUUCCCGUUCACGCCAAACAGUUCUCUCAGAGACUCCAGUUGUCCGGUUGGGAUAUCCCAAUGUUCCCAACACAGGAGGCAGGAUCGAAGAUGCUCACAACGGGGUUCAGCGGAACAAAUGACGAUCGUUUCCUGCUUCCACUAACAAUUAAACAGAACGACCUUGCUGCAUUAUCCCACACAAAUGCGGAGGUCCUUUCCUAUCUGCUGCAUCCCCGAAAUCGAUCUUAUGAUGUGGCCGCUCAUAAGAAUGGCAAACAUCUCUCAGAGGAAGAAUUUAUCCGCAAGCUCUUCCAUAUGAAUAUUCGCAUUCUCAUUGAUGCCGGUGCGCAUAUUCUGGAGCUCGAUAAUCAAUCUCUUGCGCGAAAAUGGCUGGAGAUUGAUUACAGAGCCCCUGCCGCGGUGUACUUUGACCGGGGCAGCAAGCCCUGGGUAAUAGAUCGUAAUUACAAAGAGGUGCCGCUGCUCGCUUCUUCUUUCGCGAAUGACCUUGAUGGAUGUCUUGUGUUUCUGGACGAGGCGCAUACAAGAGGGACGGAUUUGAAAUUUCCGCCGUCUUCACGCGGAGCGCUGACGUUGAGUUUGGGUCAGACCAAGGACCAUACAGUGCAAGCUGCAAUGAGGCUCCGUCAGUUAGGGACCUCGCAGUCUGUAGUAUUUAUUUCUGCGCCCGAGGUUCACCAGAGCAUCUUGGAUCUGCGUCGAAAGUGCUCCACAGAUGCAAUUGACUCGGCUGACGUGGUUGCAUGGCUUCUCGAGCAAACCUGUUGCCACCAGCAGCAGCUUAAAUCACUGUAUCUGGCGCAGGGAUACGAUUUCUGUCGCCGGACCAAUGCCGCUUUCGUGAACGACAAGUUUCUAACGAACACAGAGCACCGAAAGACGCUUCUUAAUACCUUGCUGCAAAAAGAGGAACAUUCGUUGGAAGAGAUUUACAGACCCAGACCAAAGCUCAACACCUUCACGAGCGAUCAAUACAUGUAUCCAGCAAUUGCGAAGUUCGGUCUGGAUCUUGAUAACCAACGCCUCGGUCAUGAUGAGUUCUCGGCUACUGCGUCUACUUUAGCUUUAGCGUUUGCUGAAGUUGAGCAGGAACGCGAAUGCAUGUUGCACGUUGAAGAAGUUCGAGAAAUCCAACGACCUACUCGUCUUCCACACUACAGCUUUCCCGGAUUACAUGAAUCCAUCGAAACAUUUGCACUAACGGGUCAUCUCAGAAGAACAGCCGGCCAUGAGGCGGCGUUCACGGCGCUCAGAAGAACAACACUGGGCAAGAAACACGGCCUGCGGAUUGAACAGCAAUCAAGGCUUUUCAUCUCAGACGAAUUCACAAAGACAAUCCUGCUUCGGAAAGGAAACCGCUGGCGUGAGGAUUUCCUGCGCCCUGUCCACUGGAUACUCUGGGCCCCGAGCACAUCCACCGCCAUGAUCCUGAUCCCUGAGGAAGCGGAGCGCGUGCUCUCAAUCAUCAGAGCCCAACAUCGCUCGCCGAUGCAACUCUCGCCCACGCACCUCUUAGUAUACGCCGCGCCAUCCGCCAAAAGCAUGCUUCAUUUCAACUCUCUGGAUUUCUACGCAUAUCCCACCUUACCCAAGGGUCACACAUUCCCUACCAGCCUCAAAAUCGAGCUUGGACUUCUGUCUGGCCGUCUCUUCUUUUCGUAUGAUGAAUAUGUGGAGAUUCUAGAUUACCUGGGACAAGAUUCGGCUCACCACAGUGGCUUGGAGAGAGAGAGUCCUACACAGGGCGCCAUGCAACGUGAAACUUCAACGACCAGGGAUGAUAAAUUCCUCGCUUUCCUUCAAGAAUGGCUGUCCGUGACCAGGAAGGGAAGGGAAUAUUCUCACACGCCAAUGGGGUAUGUUUGUCAGAGUCGGGGUCUUAAGAGUGACCAUCCUGCGUUUAGUCAAAGGACUGCUGUGGAGAUGGACAAUAGUACUCCAAAAUCAUGGAGCUUAAAGCUGGAUUCUGUGAAAGUGGAGGAUGAUAGUGAAGAUGGUAAUGAUGAUAUCUUAUCAGAUUGUGACAUCUAG